AUGACGGGACAUUGGUCGCGUACUUGUCGUACCGCUAAACACCUGGUGGACUUUUACCAGAAGUCGAUUAAAACAAAAGAAAAAGACAUUGAGACCAAUCAUGUCAUGAGCGACUAUGAUGAUGAUGCUAGUGGUGCUGAAGACUUUGCAGACAUGGACCUCGCUGAUGUUUUUGCCCAUCCUGAAGAUGGAGUUGAACAAGUUGGAAAUGAUGCUUUUGUGACAUAUGGUUUUUCAAGUUGGAAUAAGACCGAGAGAUUGGCUUCUCAUGUGGGUGAUGUCAAUAGUUUUCAUAAUAAUGCGCGCAAAAAAAGUGAUGAUUUGAUGAGGCAGGGACUACCUUUUCGCGACCACGAUAAGUCAGAAAAUUCUGAUAACAAAGGAAAUUUUUUGGAACUUGUGAAAUAUAUUGCAGAACAAAGUGAUGUUGUGAGUAAGAUAACCCAAGAUAUAAUGCAGGAGAUUGGUCAUGAUAUGUUUGGGUUAUUAGUGGAUGAGUCUAGUGAUGUUUCACAUAAGGAACAGAUGGCAGUAGUUUUUCGUUUUGUUGAUAAGAAUGGGAUAGUGAAAGAGAGAUUCAUUGAUCUUGUUCAGAUGAAAGAAACAUCUGUCUUAUCUCUGAAGUCUGCCAUUGAUUCGUUGUUUGCUAAAUAUGGAUUGAGUUUAAAAAAAGUUAGAGGACAAGGAUACGAUGGAGCAAUUGGAGCUUCCUGCAAAAGAAAAGACAUGAUUCGGGAAAAUCAUCGAAUAAGAGUGAACGAAGGAAUUAAUAAUGGUGAGAUUAGUAUAGGAAAAAGGUUGAAUCAAGAUAUUACUCUCCAGAGACCUAGAAAUACAUGUUGGAGAUCUCAUUACAAAACAUUAUUGCGCUUGGUUGAGUUAUUUUCUUCUAUCAUUGAUCUUCAAGAAUUUAAUGAUCGAUUCGACGAGAUAAAUUCAGAAUUGCUCAUUUGCAUGGCAACUUUGAGUCUCGCUGACUCAUUUCGUGAGUUUAACAUAUCAAAUCUGGUGAAAUUAGCUAGAUUUUAUCCCGAUGACUUCAGUUCUUUGGAGCAUGUAUUUCUUCAACAUGAACUCAGAAUCUACAUCGACAAUUUGAUGGAAGAUGACAUGUUUUCUAAUUUGACUACUAUUGGAGAUCUUGCUCGUCUUAUGGUGGAAACAAAGAAACAUCUUUCUUAUCCCUUGGUGUACAAGCUUUUGAAAUUGGUUUUGAUUUUACCUGUUGCCACCGCGACGGUUGAGAGAUGUUUUUCAGCGAUGAACUUUGUGAAGACAGCUUUGCGCAACCGGAUUGGUGAUCCGUUUUUGAGUGAUUGUCUAGGGGAACGUAUAGCUGUCUCUUUUUCCCUUAUCAGGUUUUAUUCCAUUGGAUUUUACUGA